CUCAGAUGACUGCAAAUGAAAGAAAAAAGUACAGAGUUGAAGAACUUUCAAAAAAUCUAGAUGUUCUCUUCAGAAUAUAUUGUACAGGACGCCUCCAUGUGCUGCUCUUCAGACCAUCUUCUCCGGAUGAAUGGAGGAGGGUCAUUCGCGAGAAUAUUACAACUGGCCCGUCUUUUCAGCUGAACACAACACGUGUUGUAAAUGGUGAUUUCCCCAUUAUCAACAUAUCUGGUCGUGAGCCUGAACUUGAAACGAUCUGCAAGAGGUUUGUUGAGCUCCACAACAUGGUCAUUCAUAAUAUUCAGGUGGCAAGAGCACAACAGGAUGAAACUGAGGAGCUCAGAGCGAGAGUUGAGGAGCUGGAACUGGAAAACAACAGGCUUCGAGGGCAAUUGCUGGAUGUUCGAACCAGGAUGCAUCCUCCAGAGCUCUACAAUGAGCUCAGAGAAAACAUUCAGCAUGGAGGAGCAGCACAGAUGAACAGAGCAGCUGAGAUUGAGGAGAUCAACGUUGAAAUCACGGAGCUGGAACAGGAAAUCAGCGUGCUUUACAGGCAACUGAUAAAACAUCCUGGUGAGGUACGCAGUCCGUCUAUGAACUACAACAGUCCGUCUCCUUAAGAACUACAACUCCCAACUUCCGCAUUGACCUACGUCACGCUGGACGGGAUCAUCUACGUCAUAUCCUCCAGGAAAGCAUAAGCAACCCGGAAACUCCUAGCUCCUCCUCUUUUGGCACCGUGAUUUCAACACAGAGACAAGGAGGACCUCUCUCUCUCUCUCGUUUGGAUUCCAAGCCAUCCAGACACAAAGAGAUACCCUGCACCAGAAAACCAGAUAAGAUGUCUUUUCUUCUCUUUCUUGCAAGAUCCACGAUUCAGCGUGAUUUCUUUGUUUACCUUUGGCCACGGUAAAAAUCCUAGAAUCGCACGAUUUUAAACUCAGCUUGAGUUACAACCGGUUUUUCUUUUAUUCAUUAUCAGUACGUACGGACUG